CGAAAGCCAUCUGACAUGACGUCACAAUGUCGGUAAAUGAAACUUACAGAACCGAAAGUUAAAUUUACUGCGCUGACAUAGAAAGCGACUGCUCGCUGACGAACUUUUCCAGACAACAUCCACACUUUCUAAAUCAGGAUGUCAGUGCAGUUCUCUGGCUGGGAGGUGGUUGAUGAUGGUGCAGCAUUUCCUGGUGUGGAGCUGAAGGCGUCCCAGAAACCACAACACCAUGGCGUCUACACCAUGUUCCAUGGGACCAGUAUUGCCAGUGCAAGGCUCAUCAUUGCCAAUGGUUUUAAACAGUCUACAGGUGGCAUGCUUGGAAAGGGUGUGUAUGUCAGUCGUGAUAAGAAAAAGGCGGCUCAUUAUCCGUUGAACAGUAACAAUACAGACCGCGUGAUCUUGGAGUUGCGUGUGCGUGUUGGCCGUGUCAAGCGUAUUGACAAGGACAACCAUCCCUUGCAGUACACCUGGCAUUCACAUGGCUACGACACAGCCUGGGUGAUCCCCAACGGUGGCCUCAAGGCCGUGCGCAGCGGCCUAGAGGAGGAUUGUGUGUUUGACCCCAAGAGAGUGAAGGUGGUGGGCAUUGCAAAUGCACCAAACCCCAUCGUACAGAAAGAACUUCAACAGCUUCUUUCAAAAAAAUCUAGAAAACCGGGGCGAGGGGGCCACGGCGCUGCACAUGGGUGUUCAGUGUGUAAGAGAAAGACCCAGCAGGGUGCUCCACACAUUAAGCAACGGUGCUGGAAGUGCGGGAAAAACAUCUGCAUUCUCAUUGCCAAGCAUGUCUGUCUGGCCAAACCCAACAAGAUGUCACUGCCGUUCUUUGGCUGGGAGGUGACCUAUGAUGACAACUCUGGGGAGCUGGGGUCGUCUCAGGAGCCCAAAGACAGUGGUGUCUACACCAUGUUCCAUGGGACCAGUGUUGCCAAUGCACGCCUCAUCAUUGCCAAUGGCUUUCAGCAGUCAUCAGGUGGCAUGUUGGGAAAGGGAGUGUAUGUCAGUCGUAAUAAGAAAAAAGCAGACCGUUAUCCAAUGAAAAGGGACUCUUCAGACCGCGUGGUCUUUGAGUUGCGUGUGCGUGUUGGCCGCGUCAAGCGUAUUGACAAGGACAACCAUCCUAUGCAGUACACCUGGAGCACGCAGGGCUAUGACACUGCUUGGGUGCCCCCCAAAUGUGGCAUGACAGCCGUGCCCAGUGGCCUAGAGGAGGAUUGUGUGUUUGACCCUAAACAAGUGAAGGUCGUGGGCAUUGCGAAGGCACCGAACACCAUACUGAGCGAGCUUCAACAGCUUGUAGCUAAUGCUUCAAGAAAUCCUGACAGAGGAGAUGGGGGAGCAACAUCACAUCUUUUUGGUGCUGAGGAUGUGUGUUCACUGUGCAGGAGGACACAGCAGGGUUCUCCACACAUCACGCAACCGUGUUGGGGCUGUGGGCAAAACAUCUGUCCACUCAUGACCAAGCAUUUCUGCCGUGUUAACAUCUGAGAACGGAGCAAGGGCCUGAAACACAGUGCCGUUGAGAAACAGAUGGAAUAAGGAUCCACGCCUCUAUGGCCUUCUAGGUGGAAGAGGAAUGGAUUUAAAAUGAAAGUUGAUCAAAGACUAAAGAUUCAGGGCUCAAGGUGUUAUCGUACUUUUGAAUCAAUUAUCACAUGUUCUUCUUGUCCUUCUGUUACUUUAUUUUCACAAAUGAACUAUCAAUAAUCAACUGUAAUUGGUGCAACAUAUUACAAUAGUUACUACGAGUUAGUAUCUCGUACCUUUACUUACUUUAUACUAUAAUUAUCUACUUUGUACUCCAUACUUGUUAUAUGGACGAAUCAAGAUGCGUUAGGAUGCAAUCAAAAUGAAAC